ACCGGGAGGAGUCUGGAUGCAGUGGAUCAAUAUAGCUCUCUGUCUCCUACAACAAAUCCACUGUGGACACCCAACCCAAGCCCACAAAAUGCUGCAAUAAUGGAGAUAACAUGGGCAAAAACAAGCAAAAGGGCAAAAAACAGACAAAUGUCUUCCAAGUGGCCAACCAGCACCUGAAGGCCAAAAACAAAGCAAAACCUGUGAGGACAUCGCUCAAACAUAUCAACGCGGUGAAGAACGAGAAGGUGGAGAACCUCAAUCAGAUCUUCUCCGAGGUCCAGAGGGAUGUGACGAAUGUUUCCAAAAGUGUGGCUCCAGAACCAAAAACACAAACGCUGAUUGUCAGAGAGCCGCCAAAGGAAUCCGUGAAUGUUGACAACGCUGCUCAGCUCUUCUCUCAGCUGUGAUGUGUGAUCAAUAAAACGAGACUAUUAAUAGUUAGCGCAUGACAUAUUAUAGCAUUUUUGCUUAUUUAUUGAUGGACAACAAACACAGUAUAUGAUUUUUCAAAUAAAGACACUUGAUUUUAUAA